AUGUUCAUUCAAAAGACUAUUGAUUUAUUUGAAAUUACAGAUGUUUUCGUUUUAAUCUUAGCUACUUAUAUCUUUACUUGUUAUUACAAUUAUUUGACUCGUCCUAAUCCAUUUCCUGGCCCGUUACCUUUACCAUUUAUUGGAAACCUUCAUAAUCUUGCUUAUGAUAUAAGACUGUUUUAUGAACAAUGUCAACAGAAAUAUGGUGAUAUUUGUGAAAUAAUGUUUAAUGGACGUAGAUGUAUCAUUAUCUCACGGCCUGAAUAUAUGAAAGAGUUUUUAAAUCCUAAAUCAUUUUUUCUGAAGAUCCCAUAUUCGCAAGGAAUAGAUGAAUUGGGUUUUUAUGGACGUGGACUUUUCUUUAAUCAUGAUUAUAAAAAUUGGCAUUACCAUAGGCAAUUUUUUACUCAGGCAUUAUCACCUAGCUUUAUAGAUACAGCAAUAAAUUCUACAAAUCAAUUAUUUGAAGAAUUGAAUAAAUAUUGGCAAUCUCUUGGAAAGCAGAAUACCUUUAAUAAUGAUGAUGAUGAUAAUUGGACUCUAGAAACUGAUUUUUCUGCAUGGUUUCAUGGAUUUGCGAAUGAUAUUAUUUCAAUAGUAACCACUGGUGAACGAACAUAUGCAAUUGCUUCCUAUUAUAAUACUCAAAGUAUUAUCAAAUCUGAUCAUCCUGAUGCGUUGGUAGAAGAUGGUAGUAAAUUUGUCAAUGCAUCCGUAAAAGUUAUCAAUGAUAUGUCGUUUUAUAUGUUCGUUGGGCCAUUCAUGAGACAUUAUGUUCCAAUAAUCAAAAAUAUGACAAUUCCUAUGUUGAAAAAUCGUGAUUACUUAUUUGAAAGAUUUGACAUGAUAAUUAAGAAUAGAAGAAGGAAAAUUGAUGAAUUACCAUUGGAUACUGAAAUGAAAAGUGAUAUGCUAACUUCGUUAAUUAUCGCAAACACACCGAGGGAUACUAUUAAUGUAAAAACAAUAGAUGGUGAAAUGCUUAGACCCAUGAACGAUGAACAAGUCAGAAUGAUUUUAACGGAAGCUAUUUUAGGUGGAACAGAAGCUACUGCAAAUGUAUUCUGUUUUAUAACUUAUUAUCUUUGUAAACAUCCAAACGUAAAACAAAAGAUGCUUUCAGAAAUUGACAAUAUAUUUCCUUUUAAAAAGUUCUCUGUGUCACGAGAAGAUAUUUCAAAGCUGAGAUAUUGUAAAGCAAUAAUUAAAGAAACUGCUCGCAUAUUUCCAACAGGAUUUAUUGCAUUACGUUAUAUUAGUGAGGCGUGUGAAUUUUCUGGAUAUAAAUUGUCCGCUGAUGCUCAGUUACAUUUGAAUAUUUUAGCAGCGAAUAAACACCCAGAAUUUUGGCCUGAUCCUGAAAUUUUCGAUCCGGAUAGGUUUUAUGAUGAUCAUAAAUAUGAUCAAAAAUUUAAUGAUGAAAAUUUAAUGUUUUUUGGUGGAAGUAAACGAAUUUGUCCUGGCCAAAAAUUGGCAAUGGCUGAAUUACUCUUAUUAAUGGUAUUAGUAUUUAAAAAUUAUAACGUUGAGUUGUUGAAUAAGAAUGAGCCAUUAAAAGUUAAAACUGGACUUGCCAUAAACUGUGAGGAGUUGAAA